AUGUCGACACCAGCAAGGAAAUCUCGCAACGUGGCCAUCGGUGCCAGUCUCCUGCAUAUGGUCUCAUUACGAGUGGCCAGCCGUUGCCAAUGCUCUACUCUGGCCCGUGUUUCCGCCGGCGACCGCGGCUUGUGGGCCUGUCGAGGUCGUAAUUCCCAUCCUGGCCUCAAAAGGGUUCGGCUCAGCGGACGAAGGCUCCCCACGAGGCAGGUAAGGCAGCUCUGCGGACACCUUCAGGGGCGGAUCUUGGGGCGCGCCGGCGGCGGUGGAGUCAUAAGGGUCUGUCCGUCUGUGAUUCUUCCUAGCGGCCGUGGAGGGUGUCAUCGAGCCUCACCGCUCUCGGCUGGCGUCUGUCACAUUUUCCUGAAAUUUGACCAGAUCAGCGCGGCGGGCGCCGACGCGAGGGAGGCGGCAGGUUGA